GAAGUGACCAUGUGAGGGAGAAGGUGUGGGUGCCCGCUGCCUGCCAAGUUAAGCAGUCAGUGUGUGGCGUGUUUCAACUCCCAGCCUGACAGAAUUUGUGUGUUUGUGUGUGUGUAACCACGCCUGCACAGUGGCUGGCAAGGCUUACUCAUCAGUUAAACCUUUAGUUGGUAAUGAGGAAGGCGUGGGCUCCGGCAGUGGACACCCGAAGGCAGCAGUGGGUGAAAACAAGCAAAAUAAAGAACAGUUUGGCUGUGAGAAGGUGCUAGACAGCCAGCCAUAGUGACGAGGAGGCAGGAAGGUACCACCACCACCACCACCACCACCACCACCACCACAGGGAAGAUGGCAGAGGUCACACAGCAGUUGACCCCACAGCAGGUCGCCCUCUCCUGUGACCCCGCGACCACCACCACCACCACUGCCAGCAAGAGGGAGGGGACAGAGGCACAGGUCACCAAACUGUCAGAUGCGCGCCCCAGCAAGUCACCUGACCUGCCCACAGAAAGAGAGAGUGAGAGUGACGCAGCUUAUCUUGGCCAGAAUGGAGAGAAAACUUUCCUCAGCUUGGAGAUGGAGGAGGAGGAGAGCAAACUGGAGGAAUCUAAUCGGGAGGAGGAGGAAAAACUUCGCUCCAAUCUGAUGGAGAGAGAAAAGGAAAAUUCGCAGGAACAAAGAUACAAGAGAUUGAUGCAUCUUCUCACAAAAUCGCAGUUCUACAGUGAGUUUCUACUGCAGCAAAUUGAGUCACAAAAAAAUACCAGGACCAGACUAUCGCAGAAUGAUGAAAAUGGAAGCUCUCAAUCUGAAUGGUCCUCUCAAGAUUCACAACCAACUGCAGGUGGGAAGAGGAAGAGAAGAGGAAGAGGAGGAGGAGGAGGAGGAGGGAAGAAGAAGAAGAGGAACGAUAAUUCUUCUUAUCAAAUUACUGAUGUUAUUGAUGAAGAUACAGUCAAGAGGCACGCAGAGGAGAUGAACAAGCCGCAAGAGGAGGUGACGAGAGUAGCCCAGCCUAAGCUUUUCCGAAAUGGUGUCUUGAGAAGUUACCAGCUAGAUGGGUUUUCUUGGUUAUUGACACUUUACGAGAACGGGAUCAACGGCAUUCUGGGAGAUGAGAUGGGCUUGGGGAAGACUGUCCAGUUUAUCGCCUUGGUGUGUCACUUGGUGGAGCAGGGAGUGGCCGGGCCCUUCCUGGUGUGUGCUCCACUCUCCACGCUGCCUAACUGGUUGGGGGAGUUCCAUCGCUUUGCUCCUUCUAUCCCCACCCUGCUGUACCACGGAUCAGAGAGUGAAAGAGUGGAGAAGAGGGAGGUGAUCCGAAGGGCAGUGGAAGUGGAAGGAUGCCCUGUCCGCGUCCUUCCUGUUGUUAUCACUUCCUAUGAGGUGGCCAUCAGGGAUGUGAGGGCCCUGCAGCAGUACUCCUGGAGGUAUUUGUGUGUGGACGAGGGGCACAGGCUGAAGAACCACAAGUGUAGGCUGACCAAGUCCCUGAACACCUUUCCUCCCAUGAACCGGCUCCUGCUGACUGGCACGCCCUUACAGAACAGCCUGGCAGAGCUGUGGGCCCUUCUGAACUUCCUAAUGCCAGAUAUAUUUGAUUCCCUUGAUGUCUUUGAGUCUUGGUUCAACGUGGUAGAGAUGCAAGAGGAAGGGAGUGACGAGAGGAUUCUGAGGCAGGAACGAGAGGGGCAAGUCAUUUCUACUCUAAUGAAGAUUCUCAGCCCGUUUUUCUUGCGGCGGGUGAAGAGAGAUGUUAAUUUGGAUAUUCCACCGAAGAGAGAACUACUUGUGUACACCCCAAUGACUCCACCGCAGCUCAGGUUGUACACGGCAACGCUCACUAGCAACAUGGAGGCGUUUGUGUCGAAGAAGAAAGAGGAAGAGGAGAUAGAAUAUGAUAACAAAGGAAGACCAAGAAGGAAGACAAGAGGUUCAACUGACUUCUCCCUCUUCCUUCAAAAAGAGGAGGAGGAGGAGGGGAAGGAAGAGGAGGAGGAGGAGGAGAGGCUGAGAAUGUUCUUCCAAGCUGGUGCAAGGAGAGAGAAAGUGGAGGAAAAAUCUGUAAGCCCCCCCCCAGCAGCCCACAUGCGAGUUAAGCUUCAGAACAAGAUGAUGCAGCUGAGACGAGUGGUGAACCAUCCGUACCUCAUCGAGUACCCGCUGAAUGCCGACGGGACCUUCCGGGUAGACGAGGACCUAGUAGCGAGCUGUGGUAAGAUGCAGGUUCUUGAUCAGCUUCUCGGAGAACUUCACCGACGUCGGCACAGAGUCCUCCUCUUUUCUCAGAUGACCUCUCUCCUCGACAUCCUGGAAGACUACCUCUCUCUGCGCCCUCACUUCAGGUACAAGAGGCUGGAUGGUCGCUGUACGGUCGAGGACAGGCACAAAAACAUCCAGAGUUUCAAUAUGGAUGGUUCCUCGGACUUUCUCUUCCUUUUGAGCACCAGGGCGGGCGGUCUGGGCCUCAAUUUAGCCUCUGCGGACACUGUCAUCAUCUACGACUCGGACUGGAACCCACAGUGUGACCUCCAGGCCCAGGACCGUUGCCACCGCAUAGGUCAGAAGUCCCCGGUGCUUGUCCUUCGCCUGAUCACCGCUGCCAGCGUCGACGAGCGGAUUGUGGAGAGAGCAGCGACUAAGCGGAAGUUGGAACGCUUAAUCAUUCAGUCCGGGAAGUUCCGAGCGGCCAGCCAGGGAGAUCGCAGCUUCCAGAGGGUGGUGGAUGAGUCAGAACUGCUUUCCCUGCUGAAGCAACGCGACCACCACAGGGAACACAGGGCCAGCAAGGGUCACGUUUUCACCAAAGAGGAGCUGAACCAACUGCUUGACAGAAGUGACCUGACCAAGAAGAAGAGGAGGAAGAAGGAAGAGGAGGAGAAGAAAGAGGAGGAGGAGGAGGAGGAGGAGGAGGAGGAGAAGAAGCUGUCUGGAGUUUUCAAAGUAAUUUUAGAGGAAGAUUGAAGGAAUUAGGAAGAAAAUGAAUUAAAAGAAGGAAUAAAGAAGAAAAAUGAAUAAAUAGGAAGAAGUAGCUAAAGGAAUGACAAAUUUGGUUCCUUUAAGGUUAGAAAUAUUGACUUUUAUUUAUUUUUGUUAUUUUUAUUUUAUUCUCUCUCUCUCUCUCUCUCUCUCUCUCUCUCUCUCUCUCUCUCUCUCUCUCUCUCUCUCUCUCUCUCUCUCUCUCCAUUUGUCUGCAUGUGUUUGUUUGUUUGUUUGUUUGUUUAAUAUCCUUAGGUAAACAUUCGUUAUUAUUAUUAUUAUUAUUAUUAUUAUUAUUAUUAUUAUUAUUAUUAUUAUUAUUAUUAUUAUUAUUAUUUGUCCAAUUUUCUUUAUUCUCUAAUUUUCUUUUUCUUUAAUUUUAUUCUCUCUCUCUCUCUCUCUCUCUCUCUCUCUCUCUCUCUCUCUCUCUCUCUCUCUCUCUCUCUCUCUCUCUCUCUCAUUUUUCAAGGUCAGAAUUACUCUUAUUACUAUUAUUAUUAUUAUUAUUAUCAUUUUUCUCUUAUUUUUUUUCAGUUAUUUAUUGUUAUUUUGUUGAUUCCUUUAAUUUGGCAAGGAAAGUAAUUAUUUUUUAUUUAUUUAAUUUUUUUGUAACAAGGAAAGCAAUUUUUUUCAUAUUUAUUUAUUUAUUUAUUUAUUUAUUUAUUUAUUUUCGUUUAAUUGGUAACAAGAAAGGUAAUUUUAGAAUAGUCACCUUUAUGUAAUUACCUGCUAGUGUAAUUGUAAUGGAUUCUUUUAAAAUUACACCUACUAUUAUUAUUAUUAUUAUUAUUAUUAUUAUUAUUAUUAUUAUUAUUAUUAUUAUUAUUUAGGGACUUCAGAGUUUGUCAAGAAGGAAAAUAAAGUUUUUUUUACAAU